AUGUUGCUGCUGGUGGCAGCGGGUGCAGUGGCAGCAUGGGCGGCAUGGACCCUGUUCAGGUUCAUCAGGGCAGACGCCGACCUGACGCUGCUGUCCAAGCGGGCGCCGCCGCCCGGCGCGUGGCGCGGCAAGGUGGUCUGGGUGGUCGGCGCGAGCCAGGGUCUGGGCGAGGCGCUGGCGCGCCACUGGGCCGCCGCAGGCGCCAAGCUCAUCCUUUCCUCACGCUCUCUUGAGAAGCUGCAGGCAGGCAGGGGAGGGGAGGGGAGCGGCACACGCAGAACCAUAGCUGUGAAGGAGCUGUGCUGCCAGCACAUUCGCGAGGAGGAUGUGAUGCUGCUGCCGCUGGACCUGGUGGGGGGCAGCGAGGGCCUGGAGGCUGCGGCGUCCGCGGCGUUUGAGGCCUUUGGCGCCAGCCAGCACGCUGCCGCCGAGGAUACGUCUCCCGAGGUGGCGGCCACGCUUCUGAGGCUCAACCUGCAGGGGCCGCUGGCGCUGGCGCGGGCCGUGCUGCCGCACAUGGUGGCCCAGCGGCGAGGCCGCCAUGUGGUGGUUGCCAGCAUGUCGGCUGUGGUGCCGUCCCCGGGGCAGAGCGUAUACGCCGCGGCCAAGAGCGGGCUGCGAGCCUACUUUGCUUCCAUGGCGUCAGAGCUGUCAGACAGGGGCGUGGGCGCCACGGUGUGCUGCCCUGGCCCGCUGGCCACCGGCCUGGAUGGCAAGCCGCGGGUUGUGUACGGCGCCAGUGGGCUGAUCAUGCAAGCCAACACAGGCAUGAGCAAGAAGCGCGUGAGCGCGGGGCGCGCGGCGGAGCUGAUAGCGCGCGCAGCGUACCAUGGUCUAGACGAGUGCUGGAUUGCGUACCACCCGGUGCUGCUGCUGGGGUAUCUAAUGCAGUACGCACCCUGGCUGGGCAUGAAGGUGCUGAAGAGAGUGGGACCCGCCCGUGCGCGUGCCCUGCGCGCCGGCAAGAGCGGCUAUGACAUGAGCCUGCUGCAAGAGGGUGGCGAGGAGGGCGGCGCCUCCAAGCCUGCCUGA